AAAGAAUAGAAUGAGAAUUUAAUUUACUGCUUACGAGAAAAUAUCACAUUUAUUUUUUUAAGUUGCCGCUUAAAAUUUUUUAGGCACGCCUAUCCUUUUUAAAAAUCCUAAUUUACCGGUUUUAUUAAGUCUUAGAUAAUUAUAAUACUUUUUGAAAAAUGCUAUAAUCUUCUGUUGUGAAAUGGGUAAUUUGUUGUAGAUAUUAUAAUUAAUCACGUCUAUACUUAUAUUCCUAUUAGAAUUAGGCUAUCUCAUAACACUUAUAAAUAUGUGUUACUCUCUUAUUUUUUCUUAACGUGUGUUCAGACCCCUCCAAUUAAUUUUUCAUUCAAAGAUUAUUUUCCAGAGCAAAAACGAUAUGGUGAUAGUGAACCCUAUUGAGAAGAAGUUUUAUAAUAUUGAUGAAGACUUUUCUGAUACAUUUGGUCCUCUUCCGGACUCAAUCUAUGACCUUCAAAAUCUGACCUUAUUAGAGGAUGAUGACUGUACACAUGAAUAUUCUAAUAAUAAUUAUGAUCAUGAUCAUCAAAGUGUGGGAAUUGAAGAUUUUGAAAUUCUUAAGGUUGUUGGGCAAGGGUCUUAUGGAAAAGUUUAUCAAGUGAGAAAGAUUGGUACUUGUGAAGUAUAUGCCAUGAAAGUCAUGCGUAAGGAUAAGGCUUCGGAUGAAAAUGAUGCUCAGUACAUGAUAUCUGAGAGACAAAUACUUGCCAAACUGAAUCAUCCCUUCAUUGUGCAACUCAAAUACUCUUUUCAGAACAAGUAUAGACUGUACUUUGUGCUCGAUUUCAUUAAUGGAGGCGAUCUUGACUAUCAGCUUCAUCGCGAAGGCUUAUUUAGAGAGGAUUUGGCGCGUGUUUAUACUGCUGAGAUCGUUUCUGCUAUUUCUUAUCUCCACGAAAAUGGGAUAAUGCAUAGAGAUUUAAAGCCUCAUAACAUUCUUCUUGAUUCUGAAGGCCAUGUAAUGGUGACUGAUUUUGGCAUGGCAAAACAAUUUGAUGAGAACACAGGAAGAUCAAAUACUUUUUGUGGAACCGACGAAUACAUGGCGCCGGAGAUUGUUCAGGGACGAGAUCAUGACAAGGCUGCAGAUUGGUGGAGUGUCGGAAUUCUCCUUUUUGAAAUGCUCACUGGACAGCCUCCAUUUACUGGUGGAAACAAAUAUAAAAUCCACCAAAAAAUAGUGAAAGAGAAGAUCAAGCUGCCUGCAUUUUUGUCAAGUGAAGCACAUUCAUUAUUGAAAGGACUCCUUAAAAAAGAUCCAAGAAUGCGUCUUGGAAGUGGACCAAAUGGGGGUAAUGACAUAAAAAGGCACAAGUGGUUCAAGACAAUCAAUUGGAAGAAAUUGGAGUGCAGAGAAAUUAAGCCAAGUUUUCUUCCCAAAGUUGAUGGAGAUUGUUGUGUGGCUAACUUUGAGAAGCGUUACACUAAAAUGGCAUUGGUAGAAUCACCAGCUUCUACCCCGAAAUUCAGUAGUGGUCAAGACAACCCUUUUAAGGAAUUUUAAUAAUUAGCAAAUUAAUUAUAUAUUGGACAACAAAGAAGUAUGUAUGUAAUUGGUAAUUACGUAAGGUGUAUUUUUUAAUAUGAUAGAAAGAUAUAUUGAGGAAAAACUGGCUCUCGUGGCUAUA